ACCCCCACCGCCCCCUUCCCCAAAAAACAUUUACUUUCGCUUUGACUUUUAAUGCUGCGUAAUAGCGGCGUCGAAUUCCAACGAAGUGUGAGGAUCGCUCAUAUUUCGUGGCGCUCACGUCGACUUGAAACACGCAUCACUUCAUUUGAAGUGGGGAUUCCGACUUUAGAAGCAUGGCCGCUAUGGAAAUUUGCACCGAGUCCAAGCAGCAGGUGGACGACUUCUCCAAGAAAGUCGCCAAAGAGGCAGAAGCGCUUGUCUCAACAUUUUUCCCCCAGAAGAUCGAAGAGCUGCAAUUUCUCCUGAAGACCUCUUUUCGGUGCGAUGACCCGGCGUCCCUGAAGGCACCGCUGGACAUCCCCAUCCCGAACCCUGAGAAGGAGGAGGCCAAACGCAAGAAGAAGGAGCAAGAGGAAAAGGAGAAGGAGGUGAAGAAAGACAAGAAAGAGGAGGAGGAAGAUUCAGGGCCUCCUUGCGGACCCGUCUGCUGCAACGAGCGGGUCGAGACGCUCCUGAAGGAGGUCGGGCCUCAGAUCCAGACACUGAAGGAGAAGAUCAACACGGUGACCAUGUGGCUGCAACUUCAAAUUCCCCAAAUUGAAGACGGUAACAACUUUGGAGUUGCGGUGCAGGAAAAAGUGUUUGAGAUGUUGACAAACUCACGCACCAAGCUUGAGGGCUUCCAGACUCAGGUGUCAAAAUAUUACAGCGAGAGAGGUGACGCAGUGGCGAAAGCGUCGAAGACGCCUCAUGUGGGGGACUACCGGGAGCUGGUGCACGAGCUGGACGAGGCUCAGUACUUCGAGCUCCGCUUCGUGGUCAUGGACAUCUGCACCACAUAUGCCGCGCUCUAUGACAUCAUCAACAAGAACUACGCCAAGAUCAAGAGGCCCCGAGGAGACUGCAAAGCUCUCAUCUACUGACGCACGCGCCCGGAUGAGAGGCAAUUGGAGCUCAGCUGACAUACUGCCAUUGAUUGGAGCACAUUUUGGAAUACAUAAUUAAAUCAAAUAGAACAUUU